CCUUUCCCUCACAGAAAGAUCAUGAGGAACGUUCGCUUCCCAUUUCCUUUCUUUCUUCUUCUCCUCCUACUAAUUCUGCUUUCCGUCUUUUCACCAAAUGGCGAUUUCGGUCGAUUAGUGGAGGGAGGCAAGCGGAGGAUCGAAAUCACCGACGACCUUGAUGACGUUGUCGACGAUGAGGAAGACGAGGCGUGGAAGGAAUGGGGCAAGAAGAAAUCCUCCACUCCUGACUUGGAUCUCUUACCCUCCGAGCUGGACAAGAUGGAGCUAUCGCAGAUUCAGGCCGAGUUCAUGAAGCGCAACACUGGUCCCGUGUUCGGCUUCGUUAAACUACAACUGGGUAUCCGGCGCUCCUCGGACAUGGUGGGUGAGAUUGCCAUGAAAUGGACCAAAAUUCUGAGAUCAGGUUCACUAGGGGUGAGAUUCACAGGGGUAGAUAUGAGCACAAUCAUGUUCAACAUGGUUAACGGCCAGGACAUAGAAGAGUUGAAGGAGUUCAUUUUAAGCCAACCAGAGGCUUAUGAGAUCAAGAUAGGGGAUCGAGCCUUUCGAAGACCGGGAGAUCCACCCUUGGAAGAGGUUAUUGAGAAGCUUAGAAGCGAGAAAGAGAAAGGAGGUGAUGCCAGCUCCAAAGAGGAUAAUGAGCAUGUGAAAGAAGAAUUGUAGAUGCUCAUGCUAGCUCCAGAUCACAGAUUGAUUGAAUGCAAUUAUUAAAAGAUUUUAUGCUGAAUUAUAACACCGCAUAGUCAACUUUGCAAACUCCAUUCCUUUGCACGUCUUGUUGAUAUUGACAUAUAAAUAUUUGAAAGUUAAUUAUACUUGCAAGUUAAUUAGAUGUCAAAAGCUUCUAUCCGCAUUUGUCUCCAUUAUUGACUGCUAGAAAUGCUUAAUUUAUAAAUACAAGUUCUAUUU